GAAGAGGAGAGCAAGGAGAGGGAGUCAAGCAGCGCUAUGCAGGCGUGGACAAGGAGUCACACUCACACCUACACCUCGCUCGCAUUGCUCUCACACAAGGCCCAGCUCAGGGGCGACCAGGCACAUCCCAUUGCUCUGAGCAAAGCAAUCUAUCACCACCACCUUGCCCACCUACCACAUCCAUCCCAUCACCAUCCACGCCAUGCCACCUCUACGACCCUCUUACUCCAACACAAUGGCCCAGCAGCCCGUCUCUACACCCACUUAUGCUCCCCCACCACAUACCUGGGGAUCCUACCAACAUCACAGCAACUCUCCAAACGCAGCAGACUACUUCUCCUCACACGGCAGCAGCAGAGACAGUGGCUACCACGCACAUACCGAUCCUCGUAACGUCAGACCGAGGAUCAGCGUCGACACGCCUCGAUCCUACCCUCCCCACUCCCCCUCUCAUCUACCACCUCAUCCCAACUUCCAACACCAGUCUCACUCUUACUCUCACCCACCGCCUGACUCUUAUCCGCACGCGACGGCGAUGUCAGCUGCUGGACCAUCGCGCAGAGCACGCUCUUCCAGCUCGCAAUCACAGGACGGUGACGAAGGAUCCUCGCCAACACAGGGAGGCAAGGGGCGAGGUGGUGGACAAGGACCAAAGACCAUUCAGUCAAAGGCUUGCGUCAACUGUCGGCGCUCCAAGGUCAAGUGUGUCAAUGAUGGAAGCGGCGGACCCUGCCGCCGCUGCGUAGACAUCAAGCUGGAGUGCAAAUGGAGGGUACGCAUCGACGACGAGGCCUGGAGAGAAUCAGUCGAAAGUCGCUUCUCCCAGCUCUGCAGCAAAGUCGAUGCCAUCACUGCCAUGCCGCCCGCAGGAGGGCGCAAGUCAGACUGUGCCCCUUCCCCCUCUGCCUCGGGUGAGGUGUAUCAGCACCCAGAAUGGCGCAAUCUCCACAACAGGCCGGGUGCCAUGUUGCCCCCUCCGACGGUUUCUGCUGGUCGGCAGCUCGCUCCUGCCCAUAGCCCCUCCUACUCAUCUCUCGCAGGAUCCAUGCACAAGACCAGCCCACGUCCAGACAUCGGCAGCAGCGCUUCUACGCCUUUCAAUGCUGUUUCGCCGCAAGAGCGCCUACCGCCGCCGGCAGCGCUCAUAAGCGGGGCAGACGUGACAAUGUCCAACGGAGACUAUAGCAGCUGGACACCAAGCGGGCGAGCUCGCUCUAUCUCAUCCGUGAAAAUGGAUGGCUCCUCGCCUAGCCGCUUCCUGGCUGGCCGUGAUUCAAAGGUCACAUCUCCUCUGCCCGGCAUCUCACAAGGCUUCGUCUCGUCGCAAAAUCGUGACUGUGCGUCGAUGGCAUCGGUUGGUCCGAUCGCAGACCAGGAAAGCUCUCCUCAAAACCUGCCUGACGUCGUCAGGCAUGCGAUCACGACGAAGUCACAUGGCCUUCCUGUGCAAUGGGAAGCAGGGAGCUACGCAUCUGCAGUCUCUCACGUGGGACGAGACGACCCUCGACUCAACUUGAUCGGCACGGGUCACGUACCAUGCCAGAGGGUCACACUCCUGUUCCAGUACUUUGGCAAGUAUAUGCAGAGCCAUUCCUUUGGCUUUCCCACAUUUGCGCCGAACGAAAAGAUGACACCUUUGAUCGUAGCCUCCAUCUCCCUUGCCGCUUCCCUCUUGGAUCCAGCCGGGCGAAAGUACUCGCCCGUCAUCGGGAAGUUGAUUGCUGAGCAAGCAAAUCUCGCUGGAGCCGACUCUUUGAGUGAAGAACAGCACCUCAAUCGCGAGCUCGGUGUAGGGGUGGAAGAGAUUACUGGCCUAUGCAUCGCUGCCACCUGGCUGUCAGGAGAGGAGGGUAACAAGUUGGCCAAAGUCGUCAGAUUUUGGGCACUUGCCUAUCUCCGUCAAUUCGAUGCUCGUAUGGAUCCACAAAGCAGUCCUGCCGACAGAGAGCAGGUCUAUGCCGAAAAGAUGACACUGCUGCCCGCCUAUCGCGUCGUUCGCAGGUCUCUGCGACUAAGGAUUUGGCUGGAGAGCUACAUUGUUGAUGCUGCUGCCUCAAUCAUGAACAGCCGAGACCUCUUUGCACCUGGCAAGCCAGCAAGGCCCAUUUGCGAGGAGCUCCGUGAAGAGCUCUCGAAAUCCCGUGAGGUGGACGACCAGCCUACCCGACCUGAGGGGCUGAGCGCGGAAGACGUCCAGUUGCUCGGACAUGCCAGCAUCAUGGACUUUUUCGUGGCCACAACGAAUGUGAUCUCGGCGAGCAGAGACUCGGAGCAUGCGAUGAGAGAACUGCAGUAUCUGUUGGAGGAGAAGCUGGAGGACUGGAGGGAUAGCGUUGGCAAGGACAUAGAUCUGUCGUCGAACACUCCCCUCGCGAUAGACUUGGGCCUGACCUACUAUCUGGCUCGAGCCUACGUCGGCUCUCUCGCCCAAUCGAUCAACUCCACCUCUGGCAGCCCACGCUCCACAAAGACUUCACCUAAAUCCACUCGUCCGACCCGACUGCAGCGCAACAUCGUCAACCAGGGCAAGGAGUCCGCUCUCAUGGCCCUGCAAAUCGUUCAAGAGAGUCUGCCGGAGCGUCUGCUGCGUCUGCCGACAUGGCAGCACUUCUUGCUCUCGCAUGCUGGGGGCUUGCUGAUUAGGGUGCUGGAGGAUCCAGCAAAGUGGCACCUUACGGCGCAGAGCUAUCACAUCCUCACAACCGUCGAAUCUUACGCCCGUCUUGCCCGCACCCUCCUCGAUACGCAUCGAGCACAGACGCCCUGCUCCUUCUCCUCUGCUUCUUCUUCCUCGGCGGCCGAAGUCGACUCUUUACCUCCUUACACCUCGACCCCCGCCAACGGCAACGGCAACGGCAACAGUCUCGCCAAUGAGACUGCGACUGCCGGUGCGGCGAUGAUGACGGCGAGGGCCAGCUCGUCUUCUUCGUCUAGUACAGCCGUCGAUGUGGGCGCUAGCUCUGGCGCCGGUGGAGGGAUAGGAGCGAAGGACGAGGAGCACGGAGAGGCAGGAUCGACAAGCAAGCACGUUGGUACGGCUGCGGCUGCGACGGCGACGUAUGGCGGCCACGGAGCUCAUCCUGCGGCGGUCAUGGUUGAGGAGAUGUACUGGGCUGCAGUUCAGAUGCGCUGUAGGAUCGUUGGGUGAGAUGGCAACGGUAAGGCUUGGGCUGCACUGCUGGGCAAGGGCACGCAGAAGGAGAGAAAGAAGAAGGAUGUCGCUUCCCUUGAGGCGAUGCGAUGCGAUGCGAUACGCUGCGAUGAAACGUGUACAUAAACGGUCAAUACAGUUCCUGAUCUCAGUCCCAAUGCCAGUCUCAGUGCCCGUCCCUGUACUACCCUUGUCAGUCGGUUCGCUGCUGGUGAUCUC